AUGACCUUUCACGUACGCUUGCCGAUGAGCAGUCCUGUCGCCCAGCAGAAUGCGACCUACAUUCUGCAGAUGAUUCGACCGUUUCCAAACAUGAUGACGCGCAAGGACACCCUGCCGCCCUUCAUUCAUCACAGUUUAGGGUCAACUGAUUCAGGACUGGCCUUCCCCGAGCCACUGGCCAACUGCAUGAGCAUCGCGCGCAUGUUUGUCUGGCGCACAUCAGAAACCCGGGAAUUUGUCUGGGAGACGAUCUGGUCAGAGCAAAGGAAGCUGGCAGAUAAGGCUGCGAGUUACACCCCUGAGGAUCUCCUGGCAUCACUCCAGGCUUGUAACAUUUACGUCAUCAUGCGCAUGGUCGACUACAGCCCGGAGCAUGCGGAGAAAGAUCUGGAAACCAUGUUGUGGUGUUACCGCAUAUCUGACCGUCUCAUUAACUCUCUGGAUGGAGAGUUCGGAGUCAGCGAACAUGACCGGCCCAACCAAAUGUGGAAAGACUGGAUAUUUGUAGAAUCGCAGCGAAGAUACCUGUCCGUCUGGUUUCUGCUCACUCGGUUGAUCAGCAUGAGAACCGGCAUUGGAUGCCCUUACGUCGAUGCAUACCUGUCGCUUCCUUUACCCGCCCCUCGGUCGCUGUGGGAGGCCGCCUCUGCAGAGGCAUGGAAGGCUGAGUACGACUGCACCUACACGACGCCAGAGUUGCCUCGGCUGCGCACCUUCGGAGAACUGGUCGAAGCUCAGAAGCCAACGAAUUACACCCAGUUCAUGCACAAGCUUGAUCUCUGGAACGCGGACGCCGACAGCCUGGGCAUGAUGUUGACGCUGGCAACUGCGAUUAUGAAGUAG